CUUGCUCGUUUGCAGCAAGGCCAACUACAUUUGAUACGUUCUCGAGUCCUCUCCGCACGUAUUCGCAUAAAUGUAAACAGUAGAAGAUCCACCGCUAAGCAAUCAUGAACGAAGAUUCAAAGAACGUGCAAACCUGCAUCAUAAACGUGGAAAAUGGAAAACGAACAGCUACGCAGAUCGUUGAAACUGCACGAGCAGCUUUCAAAAGCGGACAAACCAAACCGGUCCCUUAUCGCCGACAACAGCUGAAGAACCUGUUAAGAUUUUUGAAGAAUGAAGAAGAAACUCUCUGCGACGUCUUGCAAAAAGAUUUGAAGAAACCUAUUCAGGAAUGCAUAGCGCACGAAGUUGGGGUUUUAGAGAAGGACUUGAAUGAUUGUCUGAAGAAUUUGAAGAGCUGGAGUGCACCCGAGCGUGUGAAAAAAACUGCAGCCAAUUUUUUUGAUGACUUGUAUAUUUACAAUGAUCCUUAUGGUGUGGUGCUUGUUGUAGGAGCUUGGAACUACCCUCUUCUGCUUGUCCUCGCACCAGUAGUAGGUGAGUUCGCAGCUGGAAAUUGCGUUGUCAUAAAGCCCUCAGAAAUUGCCCCCGCAACCGCCAAUGCCCUAGCAACCUUGCUUCCAAAAUAUUUAGAUAGUAACUGCUAUCCUGUUUACCUUGGAGGGGUGGAGGAGACCACAGAACUGUUGAAAGAAAAAUUUGACUACAUAUUUUAUACUGGAUCGCCACAGGUAGGAAAAAUUUUUCAUCAAGUAGCGACUAAAAAUCUAACCCCUGUUACUCUUGAACUUGGAGGAAAAAGUCCUGUAUAUGUUGACAGUUCAGCUAACUUGAAGUUGGCAGCAAGAAGGAUCAUUUGGGGAAAGACUCAGAAUGCAGGCCAAAUAUGUAUUGCUCCUGAUUAUGUGUUAUGUUCCAAAAGUGUACAAGAAGAACUCAUCGAUUAUAUUGAGAAGGCACUGGAAGAGUUUUUUCAGGGUUAUGUAAAGAGCAGCAAAUCCUAUGGACGAAUAAUUUCGAAGAGGCAUUUUGCCCGACUUUGUAAUUUGAUGAAAAAUCAAAAGAUAGCUGUAGGAGGGCAUACUGAUGAAGAAGAUCUACUUAUCGAGCCAACAGUUCUGGUAGACGUUAAACCCGAGGAUCCCAUCAUGCAAGAAGAAAUUUUUGGUCCAAUUUUGCCCAUCGUUAAUGUGAACGAUAAAGAAGAAGCGAUUAGAUUCAUCAAUGAAAGAGAAAAACCUCUUGCGUUGUAUAUUUUCACUACCAAAAAUAGUGUUAAAAAAGCUUUCCUAGAGAAUACUUCUAGUGGGGGAGUCGUUAUCAAUGAUGUUAUUAUGCAUUUUAUCGCCGACGGCUUACCCUUUGGAGGAGUUGGAAAUUCAGGUGAGU